CGAACACCACCGCACGGAAUCCGAAGAACCCACCAUACCAAACCACGAAGAACACGAGAACACAAUGGACUCCGAAAUUGACGGUCCUCCUACCACAGAUACGGAGGCUGAUAUGAACGAGAACCUCAAUACAGACGAAGAUAUGACGAUACGCCUGAGCACACCAAUCGCGUUGUCUCAACCAACGACAACAACGAAAGACCCGAUAAAGCAAAAAGCAAAAAAGUCAACAACGAACAUCUUCACAAAAGGGAAAACGAAACCUACCCCAAAAGACAACAAUAACGAUGGAGACAACCCCUCCCUAGAACCCCCCACCUCCAGAGAAGAGCCCACCCCCCCCAAAGACGACGGGAAACAAAGACAAGAAGCCCAAUGCGAAGGAGAACCCCCAAGAAGAAAGGCAAGAACAACAACACGACCGAGCCCUCUGACGGGAAUGGAGAAGAAGCGACAACAGCGAACCCCGCCAAAGAACAGAACACACCUACAGAAAAGGAAGCCAACGCCACACGACAAAAACCAAACGGAGCUAAUACCUCUCGAUGACGUCCUUGCAGCUGACGAGGCAACAGCCGACGAAAACUUCGGAGCUUUCUUUAUACCGAAAGCACCCUAUGAAGAAACGAACGCCGAAGAGCCAGAAGGUCCUUCCUCAAAGACCAAGAAGAAAAGAGAAUGGAUCCAAUGGAUACCAAUCCGAAAAGAAGGACUCGAUCCGUCUAUGCUCCAUCAUAGUGGAAACAAUCUCGACUACAUGAGGGAAGAGUUAAUAAGGGAACUAGACAAAGCGCAAGCAAACUUACCGAACACGCUGCUACCCACGACUGCCGCGGCGAUCAUCAAUAAAGGAUACAAAAUACUGGCAAGAGUUGUCGGCUUCGACUACCCUGAAGAAGCACGCGAGGACUGGAUAAAACAUGCAGUGAGGUCAGCCCUUGACUCCGCAGGUGUAUCCCUCGAUUCGGCAAGAGCCCUGCUCCCUUUCAAAAAACCCGGAUAUGAUUGGGUCCUACUUCGCCCAUCGAAAGAAGCAUAUGACAUCCUAAAACCACUUCGAGGCCUCCUAGAUCCAAGGAGCAGAGCUUUAGUCUUAUUCCGAGAUUGGGACAUGAACCCACCAACGAGCCAGACGUUCUCGGUGCAAGGCAUUAUCAGCAUGAAAGACGACGAGAAGACAAAGGAGGCCUCAAUGAGGCGGCUUAAGACG